AUGUUCGUGUACUCUUAUGCAUUCAGCAAAGAGUGGAAGCUACACAUGUGGAAUGUCUUUAUCCACGAGCUUGGGCAUGUCCUCGGCCUGCGACACGAAUUCGCCAUCGGGGGCGUCCGUGACGAGAUGACUACGGAUAGAGAGGGCGAGAAGGCCGUCCGCAUCGAUGCGCCUGAUCCUAAUUCAGUCAUGAACUACCGCAACGAACCGCCGCAGCUUCAGCAGUCCGACAUCGACUCAACACGCAACCCCAGCAUUGGCAUGACACCGGUUGUUGAUUACACCCCGCGGUGA